UUAUUGAAAACCGGCGACCGCUUUAGCCUGGAAGUGUUAGCUUUCUGUUUAUUAAGGGAACAUGGUUGUUGACCUGGUUUUACAUGACCUGGCUGGCGGCGGAGCCUCUAAUGACAGAUGGCGUUGCUGAUAAGUCUAGUGAGCAGGUUAGCAACAAGCUAGCGGGCCGUUGUCAGCCAGGACCCAGAAAAGCAUCAUCAUCAUCAAUGGUGUGUCUACAUCCCGGAGCCGUCACAUUUUCCUGUGUCCGCUCAAUGAACCAUCUCCUCAGCUCUCAUCACAGCUGCACAUGUAUGGCGUUUGCGAGGCUCGGAGGGGAGUUUUGCCAAGCCCAGCACCUGCUGCUUAUUGUGGACAAGUGAACAGGAGACACCAGCUAGGCGCAAACACUGCCAUUGACGCACACAGGUCCUUACUGCCAUCCUGUUCAACCCAUAUGAAGACAAGCCAACCUUCAGCCUGUCACCUGUCCUGGGGAGUAGGAGAGGCUUCAGUUUUAUCCCAGGAGUUUCCUCACCGCUCUUCUCCUUUCCUGCUUUUCCUUCCUUCUUUUGCUCUGAUUCGUCUUCUCUGAAUGGGCUAGUAGAUUUGAAAGAAAGGAAGGACAGAUCUUCUUUCUGUCUUUAUUUUUUUUUCCGACUGUGGGUGUCUGCUCUCCAUUCUUUUUGAUCCCAAUCUGUUAGAUUUUAAUUUUUUGUUUAAAACCAAGCCAAUUUUAGUUUUUCCUUCAUUGCCAAAAAGUUUAGAUUUUUUACCCCUCUAUUUCUAUCCCAGGAAACUGGUCUGUCAUAUUGUUUUUGUUCUUUGUUUUUAAUUAGUGAAAUUAAUUGCGAAGUGGUUUUGCAUUUUUUUGUGCUUAAGGAGUUUUUCUUUUAGUGCAAAGUUUUUUUGUUGCUUUUUUAAAUUUUAAAUAAUCAGAAGACUUUUGCUUUGAUUCGUUUGAAGAAGACCCCGUCUGUCAGUCUUUGAAGCACAGAACUUUUCAGAUCUUUUAUUCUGCAUUAAUAAACCUUUGAGCAUCUAAAAAUGAACCGACCGGCCCCGGUGGAGAUCUCUUAUGACUGCCUGAGAUUCCUCAUUACGCACAACCCCACCAAUGCACAACUGGGAAGGUUUAUAGAGGAUCUGAAGGCAUAUGGAGUAAACACCUUGGUGAGAGUGUGUGCCGCUACAUAUGACAAGACACCAGUGGAACAAGAGGGUAUACAUGUCUUGGAUUGGCCGUUUGAUGAUGGUUCCGCCCCCCCAGACCAGGUGGUUGAUGAUUGGCUGACUCUGCUGCAGACAAAGUUCAGAGACGAGCCUGGCAGCUGUGUGGCUGUGCACUGUGUUGCUGGAUUAGGACGAGCUCCUGUGUUGGUGGCGGUGGCUCUAAUUGAGUGUGGGAUGGAAUAUGAAGAUGCUGUGCACUUCAUAAGACUGAAGCGCCGCGGAGCGUUCAACUCCAAGCAGCUGCUGUACCUGGAAAACUACAAACCUAAACUGUGUCUGCGCUCCAAAGAUGCCAACGGACAGAGCUGCUGUAUACAGUAGGAAUCUUCAGCUCCAAACAUCUUCACUGCAGCUACAUAGGAGACUUUCACCUUUUAAUGUUAAACGGAAAGUUGACAUGUUUGGGUAAAUGUUUUGGUAACAUUAAAGCCCAUGAAAUCUAUUUAGAGCACUUAAUGUAUUUCCAAAAAUUAAAGGAUAUCACAUCAAAUUGCUGAAAUCUGUUAAAAACAUAUAUAGACGUCUGAUUUUACAUAAAAAAUGAACGUGGAAAAAAAGUGAUGUUUAAAUUUUUUUAUUUCUGCUCCGUGGUCUGUGAACUCACCUCAGUAUGUAGCAAAAAUGCACAAAUACUUAACCCAUUAAAGGAUGACCCCACAGUCAAAAUGAAUUGAUUUUAACUGUCAGCUUUACUGUGAAACCAAGCUUGUUUGGUUGCAAAGGUAAAAAAAGAAAAAGAAAAACACAAACAUUUAUUUUGAUGGUCCCUCUCUCAAGUCAUUGUUACAGUAGCAGCUACGGUAAAUGCCAUUGAUGUUAACAGAUUUGAUCAGAUUUAAAUUUACAUUGGGAACAGACCUUAUAGAAAAUGGUGUGUCAGUAGUCGAGUAUGUUUGACAGUUGAUUCAUUGUGAUGUUAAACUGGUCUGCAGCUUGAUAUUUGUCCUAGGCUCCAACACUGCAAAUGCUGAAUAAAUAGUUGGCAGUAUGUGCUUUCAGAGGCUUGCUGGUUUAUUGCACAUCAGUCCACACAGUGGUUCAGGCUGAUAUGUUUAUUCCAAUAUCUCCUCUCUGACCAAAUCGAUGUCCUGCAGCAGAAUGUGGCGCAGAUUAUAAAGAACUCGUGAAGCAAAGCAUAGAAUAUUUAAUGGAGCAGUGUGUAUGAUUUUGGGAGAUCUGUUGGCUAAAAUGCUAUAUAAUAUUCACAACUAUGUUUUCAUUUAAUCACAAGAAACUAAGAAUUGUGUUUCUUUUCAUAUCUGUAUAGAGAGCAGGUGUCUUCCUUGGAGCCUGCUUUGUUGUACGGCCAUUAUUCUAUGGUGGCCCAGAACAGAACAGUUCUCUGGCACACCUGGAAAAGGAGGCUUGAGGGGAGGUGUGUUCAGUUGAUUGCAAUCUUCAACCUCACCACUAGAUGCCACUAAAUCGUACACUCUGCUCUUGUAGGAAUUUGCUUGAAGGAAUACUUAUCCCGCAAAAUGACCAAUUGUUUAUCAGUUACUCAGUCCAUGUUACUUUUAUAACGUUAUUUUUCUCAUAUGCCUCCAUGAUAAACAAAGAAUACAAAAAUGGAGAAAUUUCUUGAUGAAUUGAAGUGGUGACCACGUUUAUCAACAGCAAAGCUAUAUCAAAACUUCUGUUAACGAACUCUCACACAUGCAUGGGCAGUUUAUGAAAAAUUGUUUAAUAGUAGGGUUUUGGUGAAAAUGCAUGUGUUUUGGAAGUACUGAGCAUAAAAGUGGAUAAGUGAGACUUGGAUUAUACUGCAUGAGUUGUGUAAGAGUUCGUAAACUGAUGUUUUGAUACAGUUUUGCUGUUGUUAAAUGCAGCCGCCUAUGAUUGUUCACCGUGGAGGCACUUGAGAAAACAAAGUUUUUUCCUGAACUCAGCGUAACAUGAGGUGUCUAGCUGACACACAAAUGUUCUUUUAAGAAAGACUAAAAGUUUAAAAAGAUUUAUAAAUAUGAAGUAUGCUGUAUAAAACAAUACAACCUACCUACUAUGUGUCCCAAGUCAGAAUCAUAGGCACACAGUCUGCUUCUCUAGAACAAAUGUGUGUUGGCUGUAAAUGUUUGACACUGUCCUUCAUAAUGUCACCAAGGCGAGAAGACCAACAUGCUAAAAGCUCAGUUGGUGAAGGUAUUUAUAAAUGAACACUUUAAUGUUUUGGUAGAUUGUCCUAUUAGCUGUCAAGUGUGAAGAACAUGAAUGAAAUCAUCAAUAUGUCUCUAAUUCUUUGGCCCCAAUGCUCUAUACCUCCAUUUUAACAUACACAGUGUCUAUCUACACAGUGUAUGAUGGAGUGGCAGCAUACAGUAUAUGAUUAGUCUUCCCACUAGCACUUUGGCAUAGGUAAUACUGAGUGGUAUUUGCAUGAUAACAGUAGGAUGUACUGUUGACUGAUAGUAGGCUCUAUGCAGACACAUGAGCAUGUACUAUUUACUGUAAGAAGGUAAAGAAAUAAGCUAGCAUUUAAGUAGGAGUGAUACAAACAUGUCUGUCAUUUUGGUGCCCUGUGUUUUAAUCAUUGAAUAGUCAAAUGUACUAAUGGGACAAUCUCCUGAAUACUUAAUGUAUUCCUAUAACAACCAACAUGGAACAGGACUGUGGACCCAACAUGGCUGCCGCUGAAACCUUAGUGGCCAUAGUUCUUAUCUGUCUCUGGCUCUGUACCUACUUAGCUGUCUGGUCAGCUGCUGUGUGUGUAAGAUGCUGUUGGGUCUCUGUGAUGUUAUUAUUUUUUCUAUAGCUUUUAUUUUCUUUCCUUGUACCCUUUACCUGUUUGUACUUAUUUAUUUAUUGAUUCCACAGUGUUUCUUUGUGAAAUGUCUGUCUGCUAGAAAACAAAUCUAGUGGUCUUGUUGGAAAAUUAAAGUGUUUAAAGUAA